GUGAGAGCGGAAUUGACUUCCUCCUUUGUGUAAUCGAAGAAACAUUGGCCGUCUUUCUUUUGUUACUGUUAAAAAUAACAUCAGUUUUGAUUCCUGGGCUGUUUGUAAAAGUGCCAACAUAUUUCCAAAUAUCGAGAUUCUCGUAACCUCGAGAAAAGGGCGCAGGACAAUAUUUGUUAUCGGCAGCAUAUCGUCAUCAGUUUCCAAGACUUCGGCGACCAUCGCUGGACAUCAACUGAAGCUUUCAGCUCAAAAGAGGACACGUUUCAUCCGAUUUUUGCGUAUCCAGUUGCAACCUAAACCAACCUAUAUUUACUAGACCAUUUACCUCAAUAGAAAGACGUUAUGAUGAACUUCAAUACGAUGACGAUGACUCAUCAAUGGUUUUCAGGCUUUUUAUGAAGAAAUAAAUAGUGCCGCUAUUGGGACUUCAAGCAUAUCAAUACCAAUGGGCAAGUGCCUAUCCAGCUGUUCUGAGCCUAGUCCAGCAGAGCAGAAUGGUGGUCCAAAGAGGACAGAACAAACUCACUACCAAGCACCAAUGACCACAGUACCUACACAUCCAGCACCUGCACCAAUUCGGGAAAGUUUAAGUAGCGUACAGAGCAGUGGAAUGGAAUACUAUCAGAAUGGGUCACAUAAAAGACUAGAGAAGACAAAAAUGCCGCCAAUACGGAAAACAAGUAAUGGUGUUGACAGUGGGAGGAGAUCGUUUGUGCCUAAAACAGAAUGUUCAGAAUCCAAAAUAAAUCGGCUUUUUGAUCAUUAUAAAGAUGAAGAUGAGGAUUGUAUCUUAGCAGAGGGAACAGAGAAAUUCUGUCAUGACCUCUGUGUUGAUCCAACUGAAUUCAUCGUCUUAGUGUUAGCAUGCAAGUUUCAAGCUGCAACAAUGUGUCAGUUUACGCGAAAGGAGUUUCUUUAUGGCUGCAAAUCACUGAAGGUUGACUCAAUCAAAGGUAUCCAAACCAAAUUUCCAGAAAUGCUUGAAGAAGUACAAAAUGAAGCCAAAUUUAAAGAUCUGUACAGAUUCACAUUUACGUUUGGGCUAGAUAUGGACGGUGGUCAAAGGUCACUACCCUGUGACAUUGCUAUUCCACUUUGGAAGUUGGUGUUUUCACACCGAGAACCCGCAAUAUUAGAGCGCUGGAUAAACUUUCUGCAGGAAAACCAAAUUCGAGGGAUAUCGAAAGACACAUGGAAUAUGUUCUUGAACUUUACAGAAGUAGUCGGAGCAGAUUUCACUGGAUAUGAUGACAGCGAGGCGUGGCCAAGUCUUUUUGAUGAUUUUGUGGAAUAUGAACUAGAAAAAGAAAAAGCCUUACAGAAUGGGAAACGGACAGAUGACAGAAAUUUACCAGUGUAUUAUUCAUAACAAACUUGUAUUUUUUAUCAUUCCUUGUAUUUCAUUGGCUGAGCACCAAUAGAAGAUUCCAUCCUUAGAUGAGGGGGUACAGCUCAUAGCAGGUGGAAUAUAAUGACUGUGCAGUAUAUUAUAUAUUUGUAUCUUAUAACGAGACAGUUUUGCGUUCAAAAAUUGUAUUUGCUACAAAUAAGAUGUCUUUUGAAUUAAAAAUGAGCUGUCUUUGCAGUUACCACCAGCACUGUUUGUUCUGGUCUGCUAGCAUUGUGGAAAUUUACAUCUGACUUAUGGCAGCAAUUCAGACGCUACAACCAUUCAUCACACGGUUAUUAUUAAGGGCUGUGAAUGUAUACAGUUAAUUAUUACUACAUGCAUCAACAACCUAGUUGAGAAUUGGAGAAAAAUCUUACAUACAUAUGUGUAGGUUAUUUGAACUAAAUAACGCCCUCUGGUGGUGUUGCUGUAAAAAUGCAGAGGGCGCUAGUCAUUACCACAUGUCAAAGUGUGCAAACCUCUGGUUUUGAUAUUUGUCAGAACAUAGGUACAAAAACUCUACUUUCCAAUGAAAAGAACUUUAUUUUAGUAGAGUAACAUUGUCUGUAAAUAAUAAGAUCAUUUUGAUUAUGAAAGAAUGACAAAGAAACUUAAUAAAGGUGAUUCCAAGAGGUGUAUAUUAUAUCAAUGUAAUUUGGACAUAUCAUAUUGUAAAAAUGCCUCAUGCAGAUAGCAACGACUUGCUGUGUGACCACAAAACACAACAAUUGCAAUACUUGUAUGGCUUAUUGGAAUAAAAUGUAUUUUGUUAGUUUGUAGUGUUUUUAAUACAUUUUUAUCUUUGCAGUUUGUUCUGCAUGGGUAAAUUAUUUUAAAUUAA